GUUGCAUAUAAACCAGGUUAGCCAAGGUCUUUGAAGAUAGCUUUUCCCCUUAAAAGACCCUUUAGUUAUAUAAGCUAAACCAGUAUAAAUUUAUGUCAUGGAGAUUAAAUAUAAGUGAUUAAAACAUUAGUUUUAGUGACUUUAGACUCUUUAACUUCGUAAUAAAAGUCAUCUACGUGCCAAAAUCCAGCUGCUGUGCCACUCUGGGCAUGUCUGAAAACACUAUCUCUGAUCACAUUCUGAUGUAAAAGGUGUUUUUCUCGCAGUGAAGCUCGGAACAAAGAUCUACGGUUAUGAUAUGAGCGCUCACAAUAAACUAUAGAAGGCUAUCUGUGUUUUUCCAGCGCAGAAAUGAAACAAUAAUGUCUCCAGGACAAAUUCAAAGAGGGAGAAAGCUCUUGUUCCUCAGGUCGGGUCGGCCCCGCCUCCUCCUUCUCCUCCUCCUCCUCCUCUGUGCAGGGGACGGGGAGGGUAGAAGUUAAGGAGUCAGCUCUGCCAUUGUUCUUGUUCUGGAAGUCUGGGAACGGGACGGGACGGCGCUGGUCGGGUACCGGACGGCGGUCUGUCGUUAUGACGGGCUCCGGUCCGAAGCUCGGGGUCCUGCUGCUGCUGGCGGUCUUGCUACAGACCGUGGUUGUCACCAUCACCGUGCUGCACUUCACCACGGCUCUCAACUCGAUGAAGGAGACGUUUGCCAGGAGCAGUGUUUCUUGCUUGACGGGCGCUGACCUGCAGAGCAUCACGGCUGUGCGAGGGGAUCCGUGCUGGCAGGUCACUCAGCAGCUUCACCUGCUCAUUGAGAAGUCUCUGUCUCAGCGUUACCAGAGGCAGAUUUCCUCGGCAGUAAGAGAUGAAGUGUCUCGGGUUCUGCCCUCACUUGUGAUGGAGGACAGGGCUUCGCCUCGCCCCAAAGUGGCAGCCCACGUCACCGGCAGCUUUGUGCCCAAACUGGAGCGAGACGGAGGAGCUCCAGUCGCGACGGGGCGUCGAGUUCAGGGUCAGAAGAUCUCGUGGUGGGAGGGACAGAAGGGGCUGGCCUUCCUCCAGGACGUCCAGCUGGUGGACGGGGAGCUGGUGGUGCCUCAGCCCGGGCUCUACUACGUCUACGCCCAGACCUACUUCAGACACACCCACUCCCUGGAGGAGGAGGGCGAGGACGGCGAGGAGGUGGGGGACAGGGGGAGGCCCCUGCUGCAGUAUGUCUAUAAAAAGGUGAGCUCCUACCCGGUUCCCAUCCUGCUGAUGAAGACCAGUCGGACCUCCUGCUGGUCCCGGGGCUCCCAGUUCUCUCUGCACUCCGCCCACCAGGGGGGGCUGUUCCCGCUCAGCGCCGGCGACCGUCUGUUUGUCACUGUGACGAACGCCUCCGCUGUGGACAUGGACGAGAAGAGCAGCUUCUUUGGUGCUUUUCUAAUCAGCUAAAAAAAUCGGGAUCGCAGGUCAACACACGCCAUCGCGUUUUAUAACGUUUGUGUCGAUUGUCGACUUCUCCCAGUAACGAAAAGCUGAAACAUGGAGUCACGGGGUUGUUCAGCAUCACAACCGAAACUAUUUGACAACACUGGUUUUGUGGAUGGAGACGAAACAAAAGACUGACAUGGACUCGAUCGAGGGCUGUGUGUAUGUGUGAGAACUUAUCUCUAAAAAACAUUUGUCUUUGAUUGUGUAAAGGUUAGCGUGACCAGCAGAGAGAGUUACGCAAACAUUUCUCUGAGGCAGAUUUCAUCUCACUACAGGCACCAGUUUAGUUCACGGUUGCCCUUCUCCUCCGACCCACAGGACUUCUGAUCACUCGGAGCGUUUCGGCUUUUUUUCUCGGAACAAUCAUAGAAAUGUCGCACAGCAUAGAUGACAUACCCUGACCAGAAUGCAAAUUCACAAACUCGCCUUUGGCCAACCUCCACGUCAUCCACAGGGUGGAGCUGUUGAGUCACCGCCACCUAUAGGAAAGUAAAGUCACAGCAGUUUGCCAUGCAUUACUUACAUGAUCUGUUAUUCAUUUUAUGGUAAAGGCUCAGAGUUUUCUUCUUUACAGAAAAACUGCCUCAGAGAAAUGUUUGUAUGAAACUGAAGCGAGUAUCUGAGGACACACACACACACACACACACACACACACACACACACACGUUUUAAGUGAUUGUGUAAAGAUGUAAAUAUUGUGUGAUAUAUUUUUUUUUUAAGUGGCCUGGAAAUAAGGGGUCUGGAGCUCUUCAUCAACUCUUGAUUUCCCUUCUGUAAGAUGUCAGUUCACCAAUCAUGGACUCCAUUAAAGGCCUUUCAGACACAGUUAGGAGAGAGGUUGCUCACGUUGACAUGCAUGCUGUCAGAAGAUCAGAGACGCAGCUUAAUGCUUGAAGUCAAAUCUGAAACACUGCUGCUCGUGUUUUUGCUGGCAGCAGCAUCACAGUCUCUCCCUCUGCUGUCAGUCCUCCAGCACGUUGGCUCGUCCAUCGCAAACGUUCUCCAAACGGUGCGUUAAACGCUCCCCAGCCAGCUGGUAUCCUCGGGCAUUCAUGUCAUGUUGGAUUAAACGUAGAUGUGGAAAACAAUCGUUCACGUCAGCAUGCAAACAGCAGAAGCUUUUUUUUUUUUUUUUAGAUCUGCUGUUUUCCAUGUGGUGUAAGGAAUUGUAGUAAAAACUGCAGCAAAUCCACAGAUGCCCAAUGAUCAGUGACAUCUGACUGAAGGAAAAGCUGGAUGCAUGUGGAUAUAACUCUUUGAGCUUGAAGGUUCACUCUUAACUUCUUGUGGUUUUUAAUCAGCUGAUGGAGUCGCAGUAUACGACCCGUGAAAAUGCGUUCAACACAAAAUCUGACAAGUGAACUUAGUUAUAGAGACACACACACUAAGUGAUGCAUCCAGCUGUACUUGAGAAAAGCAAACAAAAGUCAGCAAAUUAUUCAAAAGAAGCUUUUUUGUAAUUAGUUCCAAUUAAAGUUCAGAAACCAAACAUCAGUUUUUAUCCAAUAUGACAUGAAUGCAACGUUCACUGUAGCAUUUAUGUAAAUACACAACUUUUUCCCCUUAAUUUCUUGUUUUUGCUCUGAAUGUAUAGACUUUUUUAAAUGUUUGUUUUAGUUUUGGUUUUCACAAAAAAUGGCUGCAAGAAAUUUACACUCCAGAAUCAAAUGUGUUAAAGUUGAUAAAUAACCUUGAUAAAAUGUGUGAGGGGCGGUUUACCUGAGCAGUGCCACGUUUGAGGACCUUCGUUCUGUGAAACCUGUGGUUUUCAGCUGACUGACUGUGAGGUGGAUGAUACGAGUGAUGGCUGGUGUGAAAUCAGACAGCACCUUGUCUUCGGCCUCCGUGUGGAAAAACAGGAAACGUCCACCUGCAGUCAGUCGUCUUUCUCAGCUGGAGCGUGAAAACCUGAAAGGCAC